AUGGCAGGAGGACGAAAAGCCAAGCCUGCACCGCCUGCGCGGCCUACGAACACGCUCAUUGUAGACAACGGCGCAUACACAUUAAAGGCUGGCAUUGUGGCCAACGGGCACGUCGGCGAGCCUCGAAUCAUCCCCAACUGCGUCGUACGCGAUCGAUCGAGGAAAGUCUUUCUCGGAUCUGACAUUGCUAAAUGUCGCGACUUUGGCGAACUGCAAUUCCGACGGCCGGUCGAGAAAGGGUCCAUUGUCAAUUGGGAAGCCCAAAAGGAAAUAUGGGAUCAAGAGCUAUUCGACAACGCUGCAACCAAGUGCGAUCCCACCGAGGCGCGUCUGAUUCUUUCAGAACCCCCAAACGGGCUGCCGGCCCUGCAGACGAAUUGCGAUCAAGUCGUCUUUGAGGAGUACGGGUUUGCCAGCUACUACCGAGGUAUUGGCUCGACUUUCAAUGCCUACCACGAUAUUCAAAGCCUUUUUCGGACGCCAAAAGAUGCCCCCACGGCGGCAAACGUCCCCGCAGAAGUCAUGUUGGUGGUCGAUUCCGGCUACUCCCACACGACCAUCACACCCUUGCUUCGUGGGCAGCCACUGCACUCGGCGGUCCGACGACUCGACGUCGGCGGCAAUCUCCUCACGAAUUAUCUGGCCCGUCUUCUGUCCCUUCGACACUUCGACAUGCGCAACGAAACAUACAUUGUCAACGAAAUGAAGGAGUCGGCGUGCUACGUGACACUGGACUUCAAGUCGGACCUCGAGAAGACGUGGAAGGGCACGAGGGGCGAGAAACGACCGUCUUAUAUAUCCGGAGACGGCAUCGUCAAGGACUACGUCUUGCCGGAUUUUCACUCAAACACAAAGGGGUCUUUGCGCGAGUACGACCCCACGAGGCACACCAAGGCGCGAAAACUAGCUGCGGCCGGUCAGACGGACGAAGAUGUUUUGACGUUGCGAAACGAGCGGUUCGCCGUCCCAGAGCUCAUAUUCAACCCGUUGGAUAUGGGCAUGCGGCAACCAGGGCUACCCGACUUGAUUCAACAAUCUCUGCAACAGCUUCCAAUGGGGUUGUGGCCUGGCUUGCUGGCUAAUAUUGUUGUUGUGGGAGGCAACACUUUGUUUGAUGGCUUCAUCCAGCGUCUCCAGAAGGAGGUCGUGCAGCGAGUACCGGAUGACUGUGUCGUGCGCGUUGCCAGACCUGUCGACCCCGUCACUAGCACGUGGUUUGGGGCCGCCAAUCUGGCUAGUCACCCGAACAUCGAGAAGCUUGUAGUCACGAAGAAGGAAUACGAGGAGCUGGGCUCGGCUUUGGUCGCGCGUAAAUUUGCCGCUGGCCUCAACUUGACCUGA